AAAAUAAGUGAAAUUUUAUUUAAGGCAAUUCAUGUCAUUUUAAGGUGAAAUAAUGUAACAAACAAUAUAAUAUGUGUUUUUAAGAAGUAAAAAUUAUGAUUUACCUUAUAGUUAAUGGUGAAAAUAUACUUAUUGUUAACUAUACAGUAAACUAAACCAUUAAAGUUAUGGUGAAAAACAAUAAUCGGGCAUCCCAAGAAUUCCCUGUGUGACCCAUCACAUUUUAUUUUCUGUAAAUCUGCUUUGAAAUGAUGUGUGUUGUGAAACACACUAUACAAAUAAAAAUUACUUGACGGACUUGAUUUGAUAAUAUAUAUAUAUAUAUGUUUUGGUUCAUACAGUUAAAAACUGCUGUGGCAGCGUUGGUGUCACAUUCCUUGCCAUUUUUGUGAAACUAAAAUGUUGAAAGAACUGUCAUAAACUCCUCCUCUAUGAAUGCACAGGCACUUUUAGACUCUCUAAUUCUAACCUCGCAUACCAUUUAAGAGAGAUAGUAUGUGAUUUAGGAUGCAGCCUGUGUUGUGUGUGAUAUCAGAUGGUGGGUGGAAUGUGGAAUGCUGGGAGCUGUGUGGGCGGGAAUGGCAAUCGUGAUUGGCUGAAAUGGACAGUGGGCGGAGAACUGAAUGAAAGAGUUCAGUGUUGACUGAAGAAACACAGCGUGUGUUAGUGUACACAUUUACAUGUGUUUGUGUGUGUCAUGAGGGAAUACACACACGCAUCCCGAGACAUGUAAACAGUCCUACAGGCCUCCAGAGAUCAUGGUGAGCAUCAGGGACAUGGGACUGUCCACUGAUACGAGCACCGCCUUGGAGACUGCAGGAGAUAUUCUGAGAUUACGGCUCUGACUGGUUAAACAGGUGGACUUUUACCCCAGAUUACGCUAAUCUUUCCACCACUCAAGGAAUCUUGCAGGGAUUGGCCCGAUAGGACGGAUUACUGUUCUGAGGGGACGGAGGUCUUGUGAUGGACAUUAUGUAACAUUUCCUGCGGACUCGCCAAGAUUACACUCUCAGGAUCCAUGUUGGGUUACUAACUGAGCUACAUUUUUAGUAGCAUGACCGUAGCUCAGCUGCUUUAACAAUACUGUAACUUUCCCAGUAACAAGCUACUUUUUCAACAAGCUACACUGUGCGCAUUUAUUUGCACAAUCUGACACUGAUUAUUAAAGCUGAUGUGUCUUUUUUUUCUGUUAAGACGCUUCCAUCGCAUCUUAAUCUGUAGAAGUAACUAUAAGUAAAACUUGGCACUUUCCAAAAUUGUUCUGUUUGUCUGACAAGGCAAUAUUGGCUCAACCAAUAGUGUGAGUUUGGGGCAUAACUAUCUGUUUGUCAACCAAUGGAAGACACAGGGUGUAUUCGGAUAUUUUUUGAAAACAACGUUUAUUUUUGUGAUUCUGUUUUGUGAGACUAGUGUUGCAGAAGUUGCAGACUUCAGCUGUAAAUGUAGCUAACUACUUUUUAAGAGUAACUUGACUGUAUUUAACUACUUCAAAUGAUAAGUAGCUUGAUAAAUUGCAGUUUCAAAGUAGCUUUAGCAACACUGCUCAAGACGACUUUCAGAAAUGGUCACUGAGCGAUGACAGAUACCAGAAUCUGAGCACACUCUCUGUCUAGGUCCCAGAAGCCUGCCUUCUUUUUUAACUCAACUCAACUCUUUCCACAAUCUUGGGUCACCUUUGCACUUCAAAUGAGACCGGGGAACAGUAAGGCCCGCAACUGGUCGGUAGAACGGAGAGACUUCUAAGAUUUUCUUGGUCUUAUUAUACUGAUAUGUAACUGUCUAGCACUGUUACUGUUUAAUGUCACGGAUUGAGUCGUGACUCUGGAUCCCCCGGACGUUUCAGGAGGUCGUCACAGGAAACAAUUACAUGAUUGCGCUGCCUGCCGGUGCAUGAAGACGACGGCUUACAUGUUUGUGGCUUUUUGUGCUUCCUUUUGAUAUGCGUGUACGUGACUUGGCUAUUCCCCAACAUGUUUGUCAGUGUAAGGAAGAUGGUGUCCUUUUUUGAGAGUAAAAAACAGCCUCGUCCCCUGUCUCUUCCUCCAUCUGUGUCACUGGCUGUAUCUCAUUCACCAGUUCCUGAUCAAACCCAAAGAGAGAAUCAGAACUCUAAGUCAGCCUUCCCAAACCCGCCUUCACGUGCCUCUGAUCCACACCCACCUCAUUCUGCAAGUCCUCCCCCCAACACCAGGUCUAGACAUGCCCCUGUCCCAUCCCACCCUUGGCCACAACUCCAUCCCGGAGAGCGAACAAGCGCAAGCGUUACUCUAAGAGAAAAUGGCCGGGUCCGAAGAAUUGCGCAAGCAAGGGUACGCGAUUCUUGGCCAACAGGCAAGCUUGAGUACUAUUCGAAGACCGGCUGCUUAGCUGUAUCCAUGGAAAACAAAGUGCCAAUUAGUAGCAAGAGCAUACCACAGACAUUUUCCAGAAACAACCCAAGAGACGCCGCAACUUGGUGCACUGCGGAGCUUCGAAGGUCCUCUACUCCGAGACAAGACAGAUUGUCCUCAACCAAACCAGGAUCUAAACCCACCCUCGGCACAAAGACAGUCGUCUCCACCUCAGAAACUUAUACCACCUCCAGAACAACGCACACCGUUAGCUGCCCCUCAGAAAUCAACCCUUGUUCCACUCUACAGUCCUCUGGGGGGUCUUCCAGAAGUGCAUCCUGUGGGACUAGCCUCGCCGUAGGGGUCAACAAUGGCUCCACUGCUACUUUAGCAUUAGGGAAUGCCGCACAGUUAAAAUCUAAAAGUGACGCUGCUAGUUGUGUAAACUUAGCCUGGUCUGUUGCAGACACAGCGCCUCUUGCUGGCCGUGCUCACACACAACACUCAGGAGAACAUCCCAGAACUGGCCAUGUUGGUUCUUCUUCCAGUUCCGACCCAUGCUGUGUGACUGAUCAGAGAAUUCAGAGUCCAGUGUGCUUGAACUGUCCCAAUCCAGACUGGAACUCAAUGACUUCUGGAACUGCAUGCACGAGAGCAGAAAGGGGAGGGGCUAUUACUCGCAAACAAAGACUCCGCCCUUCUGACUCCGCCCUCCUUUCACUUCUGCUUUUGUUCCACAGUGGAACCAACAGCAGCAUGAUUGCCAUUGAUAACAAGAUAGAACAAGCUAUGGACCUGGUGAAGUCUCACCUCAUGUUGGCAGUACGAGAGGAAGUAGAGGUGCUGAGAGAUCAAAUUAAAGAGCUGUCCGAGAGAAACGCUCAGUUAGAGAAAGAGAACUACAUCCUGCGAGCGCUCCGGGAGAGAGACUGACACCCCACUGCAUCAUGGGAGAUGUAGUUUGAUCUGAUACGUGCCCAGAUAAAAGGGAAAGAAAGAUUGUUAAAGUGUGGAUACAAAUUAAAUGAGAUGAGACAAAGUGUGUGUGUGUGUGUGUGUGUGUGUGUGUUUGCAGUAUUGAUUCAUUAUUAGUGCCUUAAACAUCUGUAAUGACUGAUAGUGUUACUCACACAGUCAAAUUAACAGACUGCAAAAUAAUUAAGUAAUGUUGAUAAUAAUGCUCUAAACAGUGCCUAUUUAUUGCUGUCAAAGUGUGUGUGUGUGUGUGUGUGUGUGUGUGCGUGCGUGCGUGUGGGUGUUAGUCCUAAAGCACUGCUCAGCUCUACAUCCAUAAGUCUCUUUAUGUUGCCAUGGUUACUGCUAAGCCAGCACUGGUAAAUGCAAAGACUGUUACACAUUUCAGAUUUAGUUCAGUCUUUCUUAACACUCUUUCUCUCGGUUAGAUAAUGAUUUGAUCUGUAAUGCAUUAUGGAGAAAUGACUGCUCUAAUAAAUAACUUUUACUGCUCUUG